AUGUCUGCGUCAAUUCCAGAGAAGCGAUUUGGCUCCAAGCGACGCGUCUCUUCGACCGCCAUGGCCCGCACCAAGCAGUCGCCACGGCCGGCCAAGAGGGCCCGCUCGCGCUCGCCCUUUGGGCAGCCCGCGGAGCCUGCGGAGCCUGCGGAGCCUGCGGAGCCGGCUGAGGAGAUGCAAGAUGCUCAGAUCGAGGUUGGCGAGAUCGAAGAUUCGGGUGAGCCAGUGGCUGUGAAGACGAUGAGGCCGGGAGAUGGGAAGACCUUCCCGAAGCAAGGUGAUCAGCUGGUGAUGCACUAUUCUGGCAUACUUGCGUCAAAAGAGAAGCUGAAGGAGAAAGUGCCCUUUGACUCUUCAUAUUCACGAGGAAAGCCUUUCAUGUUCAGGAUUGGAGUCGGGGAGGUGAUUCGUGGCUGGGACGAGGGCAUCAUGCGAAUGUCCUUGGGCGAGAAGGCCAUGAUCAGGGUGAAAUCUGACUAUGCCUAUGGUGUCUCAGCGCAAGGUGAAGUUGUGUUGCGUCACCUUGAAAUCGAAGGAGAUCAGGCACGUUUCAGCAAGUUGAUGUCUGAUCUCCGUGCUGAGGGAGCCCAGGACUUAGAUCAUCAAGCUGCGAUUUCUGAAGAGAAACCAGGGUCUACUCAGCUCUUGUACGGGAUUGCCUUCCUUUCCAAGGAUCGCUCCGUCAGAGUCUGGGAUUUGAACACCUUGGCCAUGCUGGCGAGCCUGGAACAGGCGCACCUCAGCGGCAUAUUCCGGGUUCGGCAGCUCGACUCAGGAGAUUCCUUCAUCACCGCCAGCAGAGACAGGACCAUGAAGGUGUGGCUCUCUUCGACAUGGCAGGCGCGCCGCACCUUGGCGCCGCCGCACUACGAUGGGGUGAGCGAUGUGGCAGUGGCCGCCAAGAAAGGCUACUUCUUCUCCGCGAGCCGUGACAGGUCGAUUCGCCGGUGGGACUGCAAGACUCUGGAGAGUGAUUUGCAGCUUGCACAUGCCCAAGGCGACUGGCUGACGGCCUUGGCGCUGGCGCCUUCGGAGGAGGUGCUCUUCAGCGGGGGCAAGGAUUCCAUCAUCAAGGUUUGGGACUGCGACCUGCAUUGUAAGGACAUGCUGCAAGGUCACAGGGGCCCCAUCUCCGAUUUGUUGACGAUCGAUCACCAUUUGUUCUCAGCGUCGCACGAUCGAACGGUCAGAGUAUGGAAGAUCGAUCACUUUGACACUUGA